AUGAAAAACAGCAGCUUCUCCCUCCUCUCCUACUCGACGCCGCCACCCGCCACCGCCCUACCAGCGCCGCCGUUCCGGCGGCGCCCCUUCUUUCUCCAUCUUCUCUCUCCCUCUCCUCUCUUCUCUCCCUCUUCUCUCUUCUCUUCACCGCACCGCCGCCGUUAUCACUGCGGAUCCGCCACCGCCGCGGAUCCUCCUCCACCGCCGUCAUGCAGAGGCAGCGGCUUCGCCGCCCUCCUCCGGCAGUCCGGUCGUCUCCGGAAAACGGUAGAUCGGUGCUCCCUUCCUCCUCAUCUCUCUCUCUUCUCUCCCCUCUUCACCGUCGCGCCGCCAUCCUCCUCCUUCGUCGGUCCAGGUUCGCCGCCGCCGCCGCGCAUGCACGGGCUGCGGCUUCGUCGCCCUCCUCCCGGAGGUCCGCCGUCGAUUUCUAAAGAUACGGAAACAGUGGCUGUCGGAGCAAGGGUCGUCGUUGGUUGGCGUCGGAGUGUCAAGCUUACUGCCGGAAUCCGGCAAGUUCAUAAAGAUAAGUAUUCGUCCCUUUUCUAGUUGUAAAGGCAGUAGGAUCCUAAUUGUUUUUUUUUCUUUUUUUUUAUCUACAAAUUUUGGUGAUUUUGGUGAACUAAGAGUGUAUGGUUGCUAUGUGGAUGAAUAAGUAGUGAAGGUACAGUAUGAUUGAAAUUUCUAGGGAGGGCAGAGUUAAACAAAAAAA